GAGACUGGAUGUCCUAUUGGAUGCUUCACUGCCCUGUGAAAUUAAAAGUGAUAAGAGGCGACGGCCACAAAGUGCAGCCAGCUUGCCUCAAGGAUGCAGGGACUAUUAGGAGUACUGAUGAUGGCGGUUUUUUCUCAGCUCGGUUCGGCUGGGAAAAUUCGCCUUGGAUUCUUCGUAACAUCAAAGGAAGCGGCUGCUUAUGAAAAGUUCAGCAAACAUUACAGUUGGGACACUUUAGUAAACAGUCUAAAGACGGUUACGAAAGAUAAGCUUCAAACUGCCUUGUCUAAGAAAUCUUCGUUUCCUUACGACAUGGAGAUUGAGGUCACGAUGGUCGAAGUAGUGGACAGCAAAUUUUCAGACCCGUGGAUCGAGAGGACCGGGAAGAAUUACUUUACCGGUGUUAUUGACUUCUGUAAAUACGCCAAGCAACGUGGAUCUUUCGAUAUCGGAGUUCUAGUAUUCGGAACGGAGGAGGGAAAAGCCUACCGGCCCCCUUUUGGCUUUACAAUGAACAGUGAGGCCUGCAGCGAAAGAAACAUGAACUGCAUCCACAUCUAUGGCCAGUUUCAGAAACUCUACAGGAAGGAGGUGUUGUGGUACCGGUUGCUAGCUCAUGAGAUAGGCCACCAGAUGGGCGCCAAAGAAGGAACACGAAACAAGAUGGACCCAUGCUAUGACGUCAUGUCCGGGACCCCGUGGCGACUCAAGGAGCCCUCCCUGUGGAAAAGCUGCUCAAAGAAAAGGAUAGAAGAGGUUGCGGGCCUUGGCAAACUUAAGUGCCUCAAAGUGUAACUGGCCCCAGAACGGAACUAUUCCACAACAUGCCGAACAGAUUCGCAAGACAACGUGCAUUGCCAACGGUUGAUAGUGCAGUUUACUUCGUAGAGGAUAUCCCCAUGUCGAAGUGAACCUUCUUACAUCACCAGCGCUAGCGGUGACCGAUGACAGAGAAGAAAAAAUUGUUUUUUCACGUAUGCAAUCUUCAAAACAGAACAUUGCUUAUUUAUGUAGUUUACCAACUUUGGGAAAUUGACACCUCAUUCAGAUAUGUUUCAGAUCACAAGUAUGUAUACACGUGUAUAAGAAAAUUUCAAAACAUGUUUCGACUUAUAUACAGAUCUAUGAUGAUUUAUUAAAUGGCUGAUGUCUAUAAUACUGUAUUCUAUAGGAUUUUCAGCUUUUUAGGUGUAUUGAAAUCAAACAUGGGUUAAUUAAAAAGAUUGUUUCAGUCCUAGCUUGUGCUUGUUGCAUUUUCCUAUGGUUACUGCACCUAUAUUCAGACUAUAGCACUGGAUAUUCUACCAAAAGCGAAGUUUUCAUCGAUAAGGGGAGUAAGAGGAAGAGGACAUGUUUGGAGAAAACGAAGAGAGGUAGGAUCGAUGAUUUAAAAUCCACUAAUCUUGUAUUAUUAACUAAUAAAGAAUAACUACGUUGUAAUA